GUUGCCGCGCUCAUUUUAUUAAUCAGACUGUCAAUUUCACCCCAGAGGCCAACCCCAGGAGCCAUCUAAAACAGACUCCGAUCAGAAGCUGCUCUCCUCACUUCUCCUCUCUCUCUCCACCUGGAUAUACGCGUCUGGCCGAUCAAGGGCCGACUCUAUCAACCGAUGACAGUCUCUCUCCUAUUUAUUUGCUUAUAAACCUGUUACAAUAAAUGAUCAUUCGAGCCGCGUCACGCGCACCUUUAACGACGAAGGCGCAAACCACUUUUUGAUGAAUGACUUUCUGGACCAGAGAGGAUGCGCGGGUCAUUUUGAGCAGUCAUUCGUUGCCCGCACUGGCAUUCCUCUGUUUUUUGCUUCCAGCUCAUAAAGGUGUUAUAUUAUUUAGAGGCGGCAGCUGAGCUGAAUGCGGAUUAGAUCCGCCACCAGUCAUCGGAGCACCAGCCCUGGGACUUUGGAUUUUUUUUUCCCCUGCACGACUUCAUGAUGGAGAGGAUAAGAAAAGAAAUGAUUCUGAUGGAAAGGGGACUACACAGUCCAGUGGCAGGAAAGAGGCUCUCCAACCUCUCUGACUCGGCCGGGAACGCGGUGCUUGAGGCCCUGGAAAAUUCCCAGCACUCAGGUCGCCUCAGCCCGAGAAUAACUUCCGCCUCGCUGCAUGGCGGGCUCGGGGAUAUUCCCAGCAAAGGCAAGUUCGAGAUAGACAGCUUAUUUGGAAACCACCACAGCGACAAUACCUCGUCCACAGAAGUAUCGUCCUCUGAAAGCAGGAAGAAAAUAAACCUGUAUCCUGAAGUUUCUCCUGACUCCGAUAUGAACAGCGAUGUGGAAGUGGGCUGCCCGUCUCAUCGCUCACCGGGCAGCAUCAGCCAACAGAAGGAAAACAAUAGCAAAGGUUUUUCGGACAGUAAUUCAGGAACCUCCAAUACAAGUUCAUCGUCUCUGUCGAAUCUCAACGGUAAUUCCAUGGGAAACUCCAGCAGCUCGAGCUCGGACCAAGUGAGGAGGUAUCGGACUGCGUUUACCCGGGAACAAAUUGGAAGAUUGGAGAAAGAAUUUUACAGGGAAAACUACGUCUCGAGACCCAGGAGAUGUGAAUUGGCCGCUGCGUUAAAUUUACCCGAAACAACAAUAAAGGUGUGGUUUCAGAAUCGACGAAUGAAGGACAAGCGGCAGCGGCUUGCCAUGUCCUGGCCACAUCCCGCCGAUCCCAGCUUCUACACCUAUAUGAUGACGCAUGCGGCCGCCACCGGAAGUCUGCCUUACCCUUUUCAUUCCCACAUGCCACUACACUAUUACCCCCAUGUCGGUGUCACGGCAGCAGCUGCUGCGGCUGCCGCCUCAGGAGCCGCUUCUUCACCUUUUGCUACCUCUAUCCGUCCCCUUGAUACAUUCCGUGCGCUUUCUCAUCCAUAUUCGCGCCCGGAGCUGUUGUGUAGUUUCCGACAUCCAGGACUGUACCAGUCACCCGCAGGUUUAAACAGCUCCGCGGCUGCGUCAGCGGCGGCGGCGGCCGCGGCGGCCGCUGCAGCGGUCAGUGCGCCUUCAGCUGCGGGGCCAUGCUCGUGUCUCAGCUGCCACAGCAGUCAGGCUGCCAGCGCCCUGGGCUCCAGGAGCACCAGCUCUGAUUUCACCUGCACGGCGACCGGGCAGAGGUCUGAGAGCGGAUUUUUGCCAUACUCGGCAGCGGUUCUCAGCAAAACUGCGGUGCCCUCACCGGACCAGAGAGAAGAAAGCGCGCUCAAUAGAUAGCUUAGUACCGGCAUACACUCUUUUAUUUAAAGCACAUGUAAUUUAUUGUUAUUAUUAUUAUUGAUAUUAUUUUUAAAUUAAGGGACAGCAUUUCCAUUCCAGUAAGGCCUGUAACGCUGAGAAUUAUAAAGACAUAUUUAAAAUAAGCUGUUAAGGAUACUGAAGGCCUUGUUACAAAUUUACACUAACAUUUAAUUUUACUACUUCUCAUUUUUAAUUAUUAUUAUUAUUAUUAACUGUAUGCAGAUAUUAUUUUCUAUUAGAUUGGACCACAUCGCGCAGUAAAGAGAAUAUACACUGGUUGUGCCACUUUAGCAUCGGUUAAGGGACCAGGCGCAAGAUAAUGAUGCUCUUCUGAAAGUGUUGCUGCUCGAGGGACUCUCUCCCUGAUCUAGGAGUGUGUCGCAUAAAACCUGCACUACUGCUACAAUGUCAAUUCUGCUGUUAAUAAUGUGAAGAUUAUGACGAAAAUUGCCAAUCAUGUACCUUGAUGGACCUCCUUUGAAUGUGGAAAUGUAAGAAAGUUCCCCGUUCUGAGACUCGCUGUCAAAGCAUAACAACCCGCUGUGGGAAGUCAUUAGACAAGAUAGAUAAAAGACCUUGAGCAUUUCGCAUUGUUCUUGGUGUGUAGAUUGUACAGUAUUAAACGUGGUAUUCGUUACCUGAGAAUUUUUUUAUUUAAAAAAAAAAAAAGAAAAAAGAUCCCCUUUCCACCGAGUCCCAUUUCCAAUCUUCUUAUUGGAAGGUUGGCCGGCCUGGGUAGGCUUUUCUCUCAGAGACGUUCCGCUGAUGCGAGCAGUCUCAUUAAAUCCGAACCGAUAUUUCCAUAAUACUCCCAGUAGAGACUCUUCACUCACAAUAUAAUGGGAUUAUCCACACAACCCCAAACUUCAGACAAAUUGCUCAUGCAUUUCUGUCUGCAUACAUAUUUUUGUCACUGUGCGGAAUUCUGCCUCACAUAAAGCCACAUUUUAAAGAUAAUAAAAUAGCACUUGUACAGAUAAAACGGUGAGAUAUUUCGCCAUAACACACGUAUAUAGUCACGUUUGUAUUAAACCAAAAUGUUGACUGCCAUCCGGAAUUAUUAACGGCAUAGAUAGGCCUACCCUUUUUAACAUUUAUUUUUUCUUUAAAAUAUAAUUUAUGUGACUGGCUGGAUGUUUAUUUACGCAAUUGUUUUAAUCAUGCAUUAGUUCACCAGACUACAGAACAAAUCGAAAGCGAAGAAAUAUUAGGCCUCAAAAAUAAUGUGGCAAGCCAAAAUGAUCAGAAUCAUUGUAAAUAAAGCAUUGCUGUUACAUUUUCAAAUGAAAGAAGAUAUUAAAAAAAAAAAAAAAUGUUAGUGAGUUGGUGCGCCAGGCUGUUCAAUAAAUGACAAUACUAAAAUCCCAGUGUUUUGCUCCUCUCCCAAGGGAUCUGCCGUGAUACACGACUCUGUACAUUACGUCUCUGUAUUUAUUGCCGACUGUAUGAAUUUUCAUAUUUUCACUUGAGAAAAAUGUGCAAUAUAAAAAUGUAUAUUAUUAUGUUAUUUAUUGAUGGUGUUGUUCUUGGAAAAUAAAUAUUUAAAACGCAA